CAGCGGGGACGCAGAAUACAUCACUACAAAUUACAACAUGCGUAACAACGUCAAGCCGUCCUUCUGGGCGCAGAGGACGCGUAUGGAGAAGCGUCUCAUGCUGGCUAUUGGAGUGGUGUCGGUGCUGGCGGUAGCCUUCCUUGCCGCCUUCCUCGCCACCGCGCUAGUGCGGACCACGGCUGACAAUUACAUGCCACAGACUAGCGAACUAAGACUUUCCCCGUCCAUGCCGCCAGCUGUCAUCGCAAAGAGCCCUGACGACAAAAUUUGCAACCUUCCUGGGUGUAUACAUACAGCGUCAAAACUGCUCAUUAACAUGGACGACAAAGUCGAUCCAUGUGAUGACUUCUACGACUUCGCCUGUGGAUCGUUUAUGAAGAAUACAAGAAUUCCAGACGACAAGACAUCUGUCAACACGUUUUCUAUUAUCACCGAUGAGCUACAGGAACAAAUCCGUGCCCUUCUUGACGAACCGAUAGCUGAAAAUGAACCUCGUCCCUUUGCAUUGGCCAAGACCCUGUACCAGGCUUGUAUGAAUAGAACUGCUAUUGAAACUCGCGGGUCAAAACCACUGCUCGACAUGUUGCAACGACUGGGUGGGUGGCCCGUGCUGCAAGGCGACACUUGGGACGAGCGGUCUUUCUCCUGGGAUGAAUCUGUGUACCGGUUCCGACAAGCUGGCUACUCAGUGGACUAUUUCCUUGAUUUUUCUAUCAGCGUCGACGUCAAGAACUCAACUAAACGAAUCAUCGACCUCGAUCAAGCAUCACUAGGUUUGAGCAGGGAAUACCUUAAUCGCGGUUUCAGCGAUAAGCUGGUGCUAGCGUACUAUGAUUACAUGGUGGACGUCGCCACACUUCUUGGAGCUGAUCGUGCCCGCGCCGAAGUCGAGCUCAAGGAAUCACUGCAGUUUGAAAUGAAACUUGCCAAUAUAUCCUUGCCACUGGAGAAACGUCGUAAUGCCACUAGUUUAUAUAACCCGAUGACUGUAGCUGAGUUACAACAAAAGUUCCCGAGGAUUCCCUGGCUCACGUACAUAAACCGUCUCCUGGCGCCCCAUGUACAAAUCGGACUCGACGAAGUAGCUAUCGUCAACGUCCCGAAAUACAUAAGUGAUCUGGAGGACCUUCUUGAAAAAACUCCGAAGCGCGUACAAGCCAACUAUGUGAUGUGGCGUGUGGCUGGAGCCUCAGUUUCUUACUUGACUGACAACUUGCGUAGACGACAACUAUCAUACGUGACUGCCCUUUCAGGCAAGACGGAACGUGAGAGCCGCUGGAAGGAAUGCGCAGAUACCGCCAGCGCUAGUAUGUCCAUCGCUGUAGGAGCUCUUUACAUCAGAAAAUAUUUCAACGAGAACUCUAAAGCGAAUGCAUUGGAAAUGGUUAACGACAUUAGACAACAAUUCCGCAAGACACUGACUGAAGUAGACUGGAUGGAUGAGAUGACUCGUCAAGAAGCAUUGGAGAAAGCCGACGCUAUGGCUGCCCACAUCGCAUAUCCUAGCGAAAUGUUGGACAACGACAAACUGACUGAAUUCUAUGCCGGGUUGGAGAUGUCGUCUGACAAGUUGAUGGAAUCCGUUCUAAAUUUGACGCUCUUCGGCACAGAGUAUCUAUUUAGCAAACUGAGAGAGCCAGUCAAUAAAACCGACUGGGUUACACACGGCCGUCCCGCUAUCGUCAAUGCCUUCUACUCCUCUAUUGAAAACAGUAUACAGUUCCCCGCUGGUAUCCUCCAAGGAGCUUUCUUCUCUGCGAAAAGGCCUGCUUAUAUGAAUUACGGUGCAAUAGGUUUUGUGAUUGGUCACGAAAUUACUCACGGAUUCGAUGAUCAGGGUCGCCAAUUUGAUAAGAACGGUAACUUAGUAGACUGGUGGCAAGAGACAACAAAACACAAAUACUUAGAAAAAGCUAAAUGUAUCAUCGACCAGUAUUCAAAUUAUACUGUCAAGGAAGUUAGCAUGAAGUUGAAUGGAGUUAAUACUCAAGGAGAGAAUAUAGCAGAUAACGGUGGCAUCAAAGAAGCUUAUUACGCUUAUCAAGCUUGGAUUGAGCGUCAUGGAGAAGAAGCUCGACUUCCUGGACUGGAAAAAUACAGCCCCAGACAGCUAUUUUGGUUGAGUGCAGCGAACACGUGGUGCUCGGUUUACCGUAAUGAAGCGAUCAAACUUCGCAUCACAACCGGUUUUCACGCGCCUGGCCGCUUCCGCGUCAUCGGCCCCAUGUCCAAUAUGGAAGAAUUCGCAGCAGAUUUUAAAUGUCCCGUUGGCUCUCCUAUGAACCCUGUUAAAAAAUGCAAAGUGUGGUAAAUUAUUAUCCCGAUCAUAAAAAACGCUCUCUUGGCAUCUCGUCGAAGAAUUACGGACUCUAUCACAGUCGAUUACCGUCGUAAAUUUCUAUUGCACCAAAUUUAUAAUUAGCAAUUUUACUCACCUAAAUGUUUACUAUAUAAAUUCGACGGCCCUGUUGUACUUUCAGCACUUUUAGCUCAAUAUGCUAUUUAAAAUUACAAUGAUGUCAUGAUCAACGUUGUGUAGACAUUGCAUUUUGUAAUGAUUCAC